CUGUUGCUGACCCCUGACGUGACCCUGCAGGAUUGCAAACAUGGCGGAGUCCUCCCUUGGGAAUUCGAGCCCAGGGGGUUCAGCAGGUUCCGAUGACCAUGACUUUGACCCAUCAGCAGACAUGCUUGUCCAUGACUUUGAUGAUGAACGCACAAUGGAAGAAGAGGAAAUGUUGGAGGCAACAGAUGAGACCAACGUCAAUGAGAUUGAAGAUCUUGCUCGUGAAGGGGAGAUGCCCAUUCAUGAGCUCCUGAGUCUGUAUGGUUAUGGCGGUGCUUCACCUGCAGAUGAGGAUGAAGAGGAAGAUGAAGAACAGGAGGAAGAGGACGAAGAGGAGGAUGAAGAUGAUGAGCUGGACAACGAUGAAAGCAGCAAAGGCAUUAACGAGCUAAAAAGGAACGAGGAGGAGCGAGUGAAGAACUCAACAGCACAGGCGGAUGAAGCCCCGGCAACCACCGAGGGACGUACACGUUCUGUUCGAACCCUUGGCACCGCAGAACUGAUUCGUUCACAGAAACUCAAGUACUUUGAAAGUAAUAACGAUGCGGAGGAAGAGUCAGAAGAAGAUGAGGAUUAUGUUCCAUCUGAAGACUGGAAAAAGGAGAUAAUGGUGGGGUCCAUGUAUCAAGCAGAAACCCCCGUUGGCCUUUGUAAAUAUAAAGACAAUGAAAAAGUUUAUGAAAAUGAUGACCAACUGUUGUGGAACCCCGAGUGUCUACCUGAAAGCAAAGUAGUGGAGUUCUUAAUAGAAGCAUCUCGGCGAACGGGUGAGGAGAAGGGAGUGGAUGCCAUCCCAGAAGGAUCCCACAUCAAGGACAACGAACAGGCAUUAUAUGAACUGGUGAAAUGUGACUUUGACACAGAAGAAGCUUUAAGGAGGCUUAGGUUUAAUGUAAAAGCAGCCAGGGAGGAACUUUCUGUCUGGACUGAGGAGGAAUGUAGAAAUUUUGAGCAAGGACUAAAAUCCUAUGGCAAAGAUUUCCAUUUAAUACAGGCCAACAAGGUGAGAACUAGGUCUGUAGGAGAAUGUGUGGCCUUUUAUUACAUGUGGAAGAAGUCUGAGCGUUAUGAUUUCUUUGCACAGCAAACCAGACUUGGAAAAAGGAAAUACAACCUUCACCCUGGUGUCACAGACUACAUGGACAGGUUGCUGGACGAGACCGAGAGUGCUGCCUCGAGCAGGGCGGCGUCGCCCCCUCCCACCACGUCCAGCAGCAGCGCUAGCCACUCAGAGAAGGAAGACAGCAGCAGUCACAAUGGUAUCGCAGGCCACAGUUCCAGCCAUCUGGGCGAUGGUGUACACAUAGUCCCAGCAAACCAAGUCAAACCGGAACCCCUCCAGUCCAACGGUCCCUCGGGUGACGCCCCACUCCCCACACCGGACAACAACUCCAACGGCUGCAGCCACCCCAGCUCACCCAGACACGAGCGAAACGGUUCCCCAGAACCUCCUGCAGACCAAAGAGAUGCAGACAUGACGCACGACAGGCCGGCCAAGAGGUUGAAGAUGGAGGCAGAGCCUUUGGCCCAAAGUGAAGUGGAACCUUCUAGAACACAAGAGAACUGAAGGCCCCCAAAAGUUCUGCUAUGUGGACUCAUGUGGAUGUUGAUUUUCUUGGCCACCACUUUCCCUGCUAACGGACCUGGAAGCAGGACAUGAGGGAAGUGUUGAUUCUCCCGAGAGGGAGGACGCCAUGACUGACAAAGUCAUAGGUCACUGAAAAUCAACAGGAGACCCGUCUCUCUCGAGCCCAUCCAUGUAGCAACUGUCUGAAAAGCUCCAACCUUGUACUCAUUGUCUGUAAGUACUUGACUGACUGACAUUUGCCAAGAAUCUCUCCUGUUUUUUUUUGGAUUUGUACUCAAAGGGAAAAAAAUACAAUUCCCAUUAAUAUUUUUGUACACAAGAUAUUUAUAUUUUUUAACAAAGUCUAUGAUGGGUAUUUGCCUUUCAAGCCAUUUGAACGUUUGUGAACACCGGAGCAGGUUUUUAAGGACUUAGGUUUCUGAGGACACACACACACACACACACACACACACACACACACACACACAGCCGGUGAUGUUGCCGGCUCACUUUAGUUGCACUUUGAUUGUACAUUUCUGUGGUAAAUGAUACGAAGCAGCAGCAGAACGACAUUUUCCACACGACAAAGCCGUGUGCUCCAGUCUGAGAAAUAAACCACUGCAGGUUUGUUUGUGUCCAGCAGCUGACAUCAGUGAUGUCCUGUAUUGUAACGCAUGUACAAGAUGGCUGUAUUUUUGGAUUUUUCAUAAUCUGCUUCUUUUGGCUUUACUUGUUCUUUUUACAGAAAACACAAAGUUGGAGAUUUUUAAAGCUUUGUAUAGAUUUCUUAACAUCCAUUGGUACAUUUAAAAAAAAAAAAAAGAAUCAUGUAUUUUCUGUUCUUUCUUAAGCCUGUGUUGCUUGGAAACGUCAUUUAAAAAGUAGCCAUUCCAUUGUUUCCCAUGUCUUCACUUUUUAGUCCUUCAGAUAAGAAACUUCUUGCAUCACAAUUUUAGGCUCAUACGCACCAAGAAUGAAUCAACGCUCGAUUGUCUUGAAGUUGACACACCGGGAUGAUAAAAAAAAAACAAAACCCUGGUCAGGUAGCCUCCAAAUCUUCAAGAUUUCUUUCACUGCACUCCAGCUGAAGAUGCUUUUGACUCAAAGACCAUCAACUCACCUUGACUCUUGGGGUUUUUUUGGGUCCUUUUUUUGGAGUGAUGUUUUGCUUUUUCCCUUCUGUAAAUGGCUCCUAAAUAAAAUCUGUAUCCCAAGACUGCAUAAAUAAAAUAAUUGGAUAUAUUUAAUACAAAGACACAACACUUAGAAGUUCCGAUCAUAUCAAUUUAAAAGCACUUUGUAAUAAAGAUUAAAAAAAAAAAAAAAA